AUGUCGUCUUUUGUUCAAGCAUACAAAAUCGACCAGUCCUGUGAUGCCAAAGGUGUUACGGUGGACGUCCGUAACGCGAUGACUUCGGCUUUCGAGAUGGUAUCCGCAGCAUACGAGACUCUGACGCAACCUCCCCUGAGCUCUGAUGCGCAGGACCUGGUUGGAUUCCUAUUCGCAAGGGAAGGAGCAAAUCCCGCUCAGCUUCUCCAGCAAGGCAAGCUAGAGAAGACCAUCACAUUGUUGAGAAACAUUCGGACAUACAUGUCAACAGAGGUGACGGGCGACGCAACUGUCAGCGCUUCGGAUGUGAUCAUCUUCUGUCACUACGAUCGCUGGGUACAACUUGAAGGGCACAAGGACCUCUGGGAAGAUACCAGACGCAGACUGAUCACAACAAUCCUAGAUGCCUACUCCUUGUUGGACAAAGUUCUUUUGCAUGAGAUGACACAUGCUCGCGGUGCUUUCCAAGAAUGGACCAAGAAAGGUGUGGUCGAAGGCAUCAAAGACGUACUUACACCCAAUGUCAUCCUCAGGCCAUUCAACUGGGCAGCGUACGGUUGGGAGGGUGUGGGAAAGCUUGCUCGUAAAGGCGGCGAGCUUAAUACCCCCGGUGGACCAGACAACAAUGCUGAUACAAUAGCUCUCUUCGGAAGCGGUACGUGA